GCUCUUGCGCGCCCCCGUCCCGGGCCCCAGCUGACUGGCAGCUCUUGUUUACGGGCUCAGAGAGCGAGACGAGGGGGAGACGGAGGCGCACCUGGGCUUUAAGCACAACACUGCGGUUUUUUUCGCGUUUGUGGCGUAUUGUUUUGUUCCCGGCCUUGUUCUGCUGAUUCCCGAAGUCCCGAACCGGCCUCCUUGCUAACACAACGGCGAGCUGUGAUUUUUAUUAAGUGGCCGGGACUCGCUCGGCCUCCAGCGUGGCCGCGCGUUGCCUCCCUCUUGGAUUCCGCCCGGGAGGUCAGCUUUGGGAAAGCCCGUGGGACUCGCUUUCCUGAGGGGGUGUGUUUAUUAUUAUUAUUAUUUUUUUUUGUUAGUUCUGUGGAUGCAUUCACGCGGUUAUUUUCCUGCGAAAAAGGAAGUACAACAUUCCGCAAAUAAAUAGGAGCGGCGGCCGCGCAAGGAGCGGAUAUUUUGGGAAUCUGAUGCAAGCCGCGUACCCGGGUGCCCGCGUCCCGUCUCGUCCGCUGUAGCGCGCUCUCUCUUUCUGGCUGUCUGCUUCGCCCCCCAAGGGGGGGGAGGCACGCGAUGCUCGUAGUUUGAAGCCCCACUUGACGAAACAUUGAGCUGGACCUGCCACCAAAACAACAAAAAAAAAAAGAAGAAAGGCAAUUUAAACAUGAAACAGCUGUCCAGUUUCAGUGUCCUCAAGUACCAGGAUCACAUAAUCUAGUGCGCGUCCGAAAGAAGAUCGAUUGUCGGCAACUGCAAGAGUAAGGGAGGAAAAAGCAAGAGUGCCACACCGCGGCGCAGGAUGCGGCCCUGGAUUGCGGCGGGUCUUCUGACCGCGUUGCUCUUCGUACUCAAAGACUGCGGCCAGGCGGAGGGCGAAGUUUGCCGGAGCAUGGAUAUCCGAAAUGACAUUAUGCAUUUGCGCAAGAUAGAAAACUGCACAAUUAUUGAGGGCCACCUGCAAAUCCUGCUCAUGUUUAAGACGAAGCCCGAAGACUUCCGUGGCCUGCACUUCCCCAAGCUGAUUAUGAUAACUGACUACCUUCUGUUGUUCCGCAUCUAUGGCCUCGAGAGCCUCCGUGACCUCUUUCCCAAUCUGACCGUCAUCCGGGGCACCCACCUCUUCUUCAACUAUGCUUUGGUGAUCUUUGAGAUGCUUCAGCUCAAGGACAUUGGUUUGUACAGCCUGGUAAACAUCACACGGGGGGCAGUGCGGAUUGAGAAAAACCCAGACCUGUGUUACCUGUCCACAAUUGACUGGUACAGAAUCCUUGACUCUGUGGAAGACAAUUAUAUUGUCUCCAAUAAGGAUGAUAGGGAAUGUGGGAAUGUGUGCCCUGGUACCAUCAAGGGGACAACCAGCUGUCCACAGACUGCCUUCAAUGACCACUUCAGUGAGCGCUGCUGGACACAGGACCACUGUCAGAGAGUGUGCCCCACAUCUUGCAAGCACCGUGCGUGUACUCUGGAUGGCCAGUGCUGUCACAAUGAGUGCUUGGGCAGCUGUACAGAACCCGGAGACCCAAGAAAGUGUGUGGUGUGCCGCAACUAUUUUCAUGAGGGCACUUGUGUGGAGAUAUGCCCACCUGGCUUCUACCGAUUUGAGGGCUGGCGUUGUGUGUCCUUUGAAUUCUGCCAGGAGCUUCACAACAAGUGCAAAAAUCCUCUCAGGGAUGUAAAUUGUGACCAGUAUGUCAUCCACAAUGGAGAAUGUGUCCCAGAAUGUCCAUCUGGAUACACCAUGAACUCUAGCACGUUGAAUUGCACUCCCUGUGCAGGACUCUGUCCCAAAAUAUGUGAGGUUGGUGUAAAAACAAUAGACUCAUUAACUGCUGCCCAGGAACUUCGAGGGUGUACCGUUAUUAAUGGGAGCUUGGUCAUCAACAUCAGAGCAGGAAACAAUAUUGCAUCAGAGUUGGAAAACAAUCUGGGACUGAUUGAGGAGAUCACAGGAUACCUGAAGAUUUUACGCUCUUAUGCACUAGUCUCCUUGUCUUUUUUCCGUAAACUUAAGCUAAUUCGUGGGGAGGUACAGGAGAUGGGUGAGGUUGGGAAUUACUCCUUCUAUGCCUUGGAUAACCAAAAUCUGCGUCAGCUUUGGGACUGGUCCAAACACAAUUUGACCAUUGCCCAGGGCAAGCUCUUCUUCCACCUGAACUCCAAACUGUGCCUGAGUGAGAUCUACCGCAUGGAGGAAGUGACUGGGACCAAGGGCCGGCAUGAGGAAAACAACAUUGCCACCAAGACAAAUGGAGAUCAAGCCUCUUGUGAAACGCAGCUUCUAAAGUUUGUCAGCAUCAAGACCUCUCCAGACAAAAUCAUUAUUCGUUGGGAGGCUUUCUGGACAAAAGAUUGGCGAGACCUGUUGGGAUUCAUGCUGUUCUACAAAGAAGCACCACAACAGAAUGUGAAUGAGUUUGAUGGACAUGAUGCCUGCGGGUCUAACAGCUGGUCAAUUGUGGACGUAGACCCUCCACCUCGUUCAGCAGAUCCAAAGUCACAGAGCUUACCAGGUCUCUUCAUACGAGGGCUCAAACCCUGGACACAGUAUGCAAUUUAUGUCAAGACUUUACUCUCUGCAUCUGAAGAACAGCAGGCACGAGGGGCAAAGAGUGAGAUUAUCUACGUGCGUACUAAUGCAAGCACUCCUUCUGUUCCUUUGGACCCAGUUUCAUCGUCAAAUUCCUCGUCUCAGAUCAUCUUAAAGUGGAAGCCUCCCUCUGAGCCCAAUGGCAACAUUACCCACUAUCUGGUCUACUGGCAGCAGCAGCCAGAGGACAGUGAACUCAACAGGUUUGACUACUGCCAAAAGGGAUUGAAGCUGCCAUCACGAGCUCCAACCCAGAUGGAGGUGGAUGAUGCUCAUAAGCAAAAUCAGACUGACGAUUCUGAUCAGACUGGAGAAUGCUGCACCUGUCCAAAAAACGAUCGGCAAUUGAAGCGUGAAGCAGAGGAGUCCGCAUACAGAAAAAUGUUUGAAAACUACCUGCAUAAUGUGGUGUUUGUGCCCAGGCCCUCACGCCGGCGCAGGGAGCUGGCUGCUGUAGCAAAUAGCACCUUUGUAGGAGAUCCAACAACACCAGCCUCAGUGUCCAGCACCUCUUCCACAAGCAGCCCAAAGGAGGUGUACCAAGUGUAUUCCGAAAAGGUCUGGUUCCGGGAGUCUAUGGUCAUCUCUGGCCUGCGCCACUUCACUGGCUACCAGAUCGAGAUCCACGCCUGCAAUGAGAACCUAAUACAAUCUCAGAGUUGUAGUGUGGCGGCCUAUGUCAGUGCCAGAACAAUGCCAGAAGCCAAAGCUGAUGACAUCGUUGGUCCUGUGACACACGAGGUUUUGGAAAAUAACCAGAUUCAUAUCAGCUGGAAAGAGCCCGAAGCACCAAAUGGUCUCAUCAUCCUUUAUGACAUCAAGUACAAAAGAGUUGGGGAUACUGAGGAAUUUAACAGUUGUAUCUCAAGACGUGUCUACUCUGUCGAAAGGAGGUACAAAAUGACUGUACUGCACUCUGGAAACUACUCUGUACGCAUCCGUGCCACAUCCUUGGCUGGAAAUGGAUCUUGGACUGAACCUUCCUACUUCUAUGUCCCAGAGAGAGAUAACCCAUCAAAUCUAUUGAAGAUUGUCAUCAGUCUGGUGGUGUGCAUCGUCUUGCUUGUUCUGGUGUUUGCAGGGGUCUUCGUUGUCAUAAAGAAAAGGCAAACCGAAGGACCCACAGGACCACUGUAUGCUUCAUCGAACCCAGAGUAUGUGAGCACUGGUGAUGUGUAUGUGGCUGAUGGGUGGGAGGUGGAACGUGAGAAGAUCUCUGUGCUGCGAGAACUUGGUCAAGGCUCCUUUGGCAUGGUUUAUGAAGGAAUUGCAAAGGAAAUUAUCCGAGGAGAGUCAGAGACCCGAGUGGCAGUCAAGACAGUAAAUGAAUCUGCGAGUCUGAGGGAACGCAUAGAGUUCCUUAAUGAGGCUUCUGUAAUGAAGGCCUUCAGCUGCCACCACGUGGUGCGGUUAUUGGGAGUUGUGUCCAAAGGCCAACCCACUCUGGUUGUGAUGGAGCUAAUGAGCCAUGGUGAUUUAAAGACUUAUUUGCGUUCCUUGCGACCUGAAGCCGAGAACAACCCAGGCCGGCCUCCACCCACUUUAAAAGAGAUGAUCCAAAUGGCAGCAGAGAUUGCAGAUGGCAUGGCAUACCUCAAUUUCAAAAAGUUUGUUCAUCGAGAUUUGGCUGCCAGGAACUGCAUGGUGGCAGAGGAUUUCACAGUAAAAAUUGGAGAUUUUGGAAUGACCAGAGACAUCUAUGAAACGGACUACUACCGCAAAGGAGGAAAAGGGCUUCUGCCUGUGAGGUGGAUGGCACCUGAAUCCCUGAAAGAUGGUGUCUUCACUUCCCACUCAGACUGCUGGUCGUUUGGAGUAGUUCUAUGGGAGAUCAGCAGCUUAGCGGAGCAGCCGUACCAAGGACUAUCCAAUGAACAGGUGCUCAAGUUUGUUAUGGAUGGGGGAUACCUGGAUCGUCCGGACAACUGUCCUGAGAGACUUCACAACCUGAUGCACAUGUGCUGGCAGUAUAACCCGAAGAUGAGGCCCACUUUCUUGGAGAUCAUUGAGAUGCUCAAGGAUGACCUUCAUCCCAGCUAUCAGGAAGUGUCUUUCUUCUACAGUGAUGAGAACAAGCCUCCAGAAAGCGAGGAAUUAGACAUGGACUUUGAGAACAUGGAGAGCAUUCCUCUGGACCCCUCCUCAUCCUCACAAAGGAACGAUAGUUUGGGAAAGGACAACGGACCCUCAGUGGGGCUGCAGGGAAAUUAUGAGGAGCACGUGCCUUAUGCACACAUGAACGGUGGCAAGAAGAAUGGCCGCAUUUUAUCCCUGCCCAGGUCGGGCCCCUCUUAACAUCCCCUGCUGCUCCUGGGGGCCAUGUUUCUAUUGAUUUCUUUCUGAAAAAAAAAAAAAAAAGCCCUUGGGCUGAUCUCAGGACAGGACUGUGCCUCUCAAAUGGGCGCUGCAAGAUGCAGGAAGAGAAAGAGAAGGGCUCACAAACCAUUCUUCACCUCUCUUUCUUCUUUAUUUUCCUUGUUGCCAAGUGUUCUGAAUCAUAGCCACCAAGAUGGGGAGGCGGAGCUGGUGGCACCCAGGUUUCCUUACAGUUACGCCACCAUAGUUGAAAGGAAUGACUGCUGCUGAGCUCCACAAUGCCAUGGCUGAAGGAUUUACAUUUCACACACACAGAUAGGACAGUUCCACUGAUUGACCAAUAGCUGCUGCUCUAAGCACAUCUUCUAGAUUUUGUACAUAGUGGAUAUGUGACUGGGGUGUUGUUUUGGGGAUUAUGAAUCCUGAAAACCGCAGGGGAGCCCGCCUGUAGAGGAAUGACACAAUGCGGGAUUGCCUCACGUUGGUGACAGGAGCCCACUUGUAUUCUUCCCUUUUGAAGGAGGAGGCAGGGCACAAUUCUAGAUGCACCAGCUUUAUGGUGAGUGCUGGGGAGGGAGAUGAUGGGCAAAUGGGUUGGUAGGCCUCCUCUCAAUUAUAGCAUUGCUGUCUCUGGCUAACUUAAAAUUUGUGCAGAUUCACUAGUGGACGCCUGUACUGGGAGGGUGGUGGAGAGAUGGGUGUCAUUAGAGUGGGGAAAGGAUGGCAGCAAGGUGCCAUUUUUCGGGCUGCUUGGCCAAAAAGCAGACAAUUUGAGUCCAUGUAAUCUUUUGAAAGGUUCAGCAGGCACACGCGUGUCCACAGCUCCGAUGCAGUGCUGUUUCUGACCCUUCUUCAUGAGGAAUCUGGCAGCAGUGGAUUCCUGUUUGAGCAGCGGCGGUGACGUCGAGGCCACCAUUACACAAUCGCUACCAGUUUUUUUGGAUUUUUUUUUUUUUUUUUAUCUUCUUUGUAAAUAUUGUGAAAUAAUUUUAUUGUCCAGCACAGAGUUUUAAGGCAAAGAAAAAUGCUGUUUAUGUUGGUUGAUGUCCUUCGUGACUCACACUACAGUAGCAGAAAAAAAAAAUGAAUUCUCACAAUUUUUUGUAAUUUAGGAGAUAAUCUUAUAUUUGAAAUGAAAAGCAGACGUUAAUAUUUUAUUUAUUUUUAAUACACUAGAAAUCACUGUACAAACCCAGCUUUCAUAUCUAGAACACGUGCUUUUUUUAUUGAUUGCAGGGCGGAACAGCGGGGCGCAAGAGAUGCUCGUCUGUUCUGCACAGUCUACCUCAGCGUGUUUUUUAGGAGAGGUGUGUGCUUGUGUGUGUGUGUGUGUGUGUGUAGAUCUCCAGAUGUAUUACAGUGUUUUUGAGUCCAAGCAGCCAGUCUCGAUGCCAGUCUCCCCCCUCCCCCCCGUUGCCCUACGUCUGGUCCUAAUUUGCUGCUGUCCUGUGCGUUCAGCCUUUGCAGAUUGUGGGCGCUGUUUAUAAAGCAUUAGUGCUGCUCCAACUCCUGGGCUGUCUCGUAUUAAACAGGUGCCAUGUUUGAUGUACUGGGUACAGAAAACGGGCCAGCACCUCCUCUCAUCUGUUGGCCUGACACAUCCCAGCAUCUUACCACAGUGUUCUUUGAAGUGAAAUGGAGCCAAAGGGUCCGCUUAGACACGGCUGUGCUUCCUGAGGAGCAGGCAAGUGAUGAGCCCACAUGGCAUUUGUACUGGCAGCACCCUCGCAUGGCCAAACUGUAUUGUUGUAGCCAGGUGUUCAGUGACGGACAUGGAAUGGCUUGGGGAGGCACAGAGUAGCUCCUCUCUUUGUGGAGAAGGUGAGUUUUUUUUUCAGUAUUUUAGGGCUGCAGUCCAUAUGGCAUGCCCACCUCACCCUGACGCAGAUAGGAUAGUUUGGCUGCUCUGCAAAUUGAGGAUAGCAGGCUACCAAGACCUCCACAGUAGGUGUUUGAUACUCGAGGUGGUACCCCGGAGAAUGCAGGUACGCAAGAUCAUCCAAAGCGCCUGGGAGACAUCAUUGCUUUGCCAGCCACAGGCUGAGAGAUGACUCGUGUCCAAGUGAUGACGCUGACUGGACCCCAGUUAGGCGGUGUUGUCUCUCAGUGUCCUGUCUUUCUCAGAGUGUCAGGAAGGUGGGUUUGGAGGUGGGGGGAGGACUGGAUUUGGUCAAGAUUUGGCUUCAUAACGCUUAAGAUAUUAUGGGAUGGAUGAGUUUCACAGCUCCAUCUGGAAACAGGUGUGCAGGUCCCUGUAUUUAGGGUGAAAGCUCAUUACUGUUGCUCAUCCCAUUCUCUGUCCUGUUUUUUGUUUUUUUCCUCUCUUCUUAAUUGCUGCUUCUCUUUCCCACAAUGCUGUGCAGUCCCACAGGAUACCUCUUGUUUAAUUGUAAAAAAAAAUAAUAAAAUAAUAUUAAAGAUCAAAUGUGCCAUGAUUUAUUGAAGCUUGACAAUUUAUUUUUUCAACAUUUCUCAAGCAGAGCCAAGCAGUGACAUGUACAAAUGUUAAAAUAUGAAAAUAAAAAUUGCUGUGUGUAAAUUAUUCAACAAUUAACUGUUUAUAUUAAAAUUAUGAAUAAAAUUGUAAGAGUA